CACCUCAUUACCACUACCACCACCAUCACUCGGCGCCCGCCAUGUUCAUGCUCAAGAGCAUCUUUGGCAAAAUUUGGGGCGACAACGAUAACGUCGAGCUCAUCCAGAUCCCUGCUGGCGCACUCUUCCUCGUCCGUCCCAGUAGCGUCAAGGGGUCGCGUGAAUGCAUUUACAAGGAUGCGGUCGCUACGAUUCGACGUACGCCCACCGAAUUCAACUAUCAGCUCGUCGUAACGCGAGCAUAUGAUGAGGGGGAGCAGCAGUUGCUCGAUGAGGAUGAUGAGAGCGAUGACGAGCGCAGCUUCUUGAUUGAUCAAGGGCUGGAGUUUCGUGCAAGUACGUCACCCGAGGGAGAUCCGACGUACGUCUGGCGCGACUUGUCCGGCGUUGGGGAUAGCGAGGACGUUUUGGAAUUUGUCAUGGACGAUGCGCAGGUCAACUCGGUGACAAGGAGUAUCUUUGAGGUCACGUACCUGCAGUGCGUCUACGAGCGCAAGUACCAGCGCAGUCAUGAUGCUGCAAGCGAUGCCGAUCUCGAGGAGCUCAAGCCGGCGGCGGCGCGAGGAGGCAUCUACCCUGCAACGCCCGCCGCAACGCCCGCCGCAAAAGGCAAGGCCAAGGCCGAGGAGGCAGCGGAUGUCAAGGCGACGCCAGCCAAGGCGACGCCAGCCAAGACCACGCCGGCCAAGCCUCUCGUACCUGCCGCCCCCGAAGAGUCGUUCCCCAUCGCCGGCGAGCCAGACAUUCUCCUCGAGACGACCGCCGACCUCUACCUCUACGACCAAUCCAGCGGUCUCUUCAUGAGCCAGGAAAAAGGCGUCAAGGCGCAAGUAGCUGAGGCCGGCCGCUUCCUCUACUGGCUGUCCAUCUCCUCUCCCUCACGCCGCUGGCUCUCACAGCGACUCGAGGGCUCGAUGAACAUCAACUUCGCCAGCGACUCUCUCUCCUCGGUCUGGAACUACUUUGACGGCCAACGGCGCUGCUACUCGUGGCUGCUGCGCUUCCGCACCAAGGAAGAGUACGACGAAUACCAACGCGGCUUUGCCAAACUGAUGUGGGAAACGCUCAACGAGGAGCGAUGGGAGAAGAGCAAGCCGGACGAGCAGCAGUAUGCCAUUGACGCGUACGAGGACGACGUGGAGAUGACUGAUGCCGGGCAGGAGAGCGCCGAGAGCGAAGGCGAGGACGAGCGAGCGGUGGAUCGCUACAUCCGCGAUGACGACCGAGAUGCGCGUGAGGCCUCUGCAUCGAUGCAGGAGGAGGAGGAAGACCCGGAGGACGAUGCCAAGAAUGUCGGCGAUGCUCCUGCCGCCAUGCCCGCCGAGGCUGGCGAGCACGACCGCAACUCGCAGCUGGCGGUGGGCUACAAGUUCGAUCGCUCCUUUGUCGUGCGCGGCAACCGCAUUGGCGUCUUCAAGCAUACCGAGGAUGACCAAUUGGAGUUCGCCACGACGAUUAACAACGUCCGCACCCCGAAAGGCAAGUCUUUUAACCCGCGCAAAGUCAUGCUCCACGACCAAGACUCGGCCAUGGUCCUCAUGGACCCUACCAACGAGCACAGCCUCUUCAAGAUGGACCUCGAAUACGGCAAGAUCGUCGACGAGUGGCGCGUACACGACGAUGUGCGCGUGAACAACGUUGUGCCCAACAGCAAGUUUGCGCAGACGACUGGAGAGCAGAUGUUGAUUGGACAUUCGCACAAUGGCGUAUUCCGUAUCGACCCGAGGCUGGGAGGGAACAAGAUGGUGGACAGUCAGUUCAAGCAGUACGCGACCAAGGCCGGCUUCUCGAGCGCAGCCACCGACGAAAAGGGCCGUCUCGCCGUCGCCUCAACCAAGGGCGAGCUGCGCUUGUUUGAUCAGAUUGGCAAGAACGCAAAGACGGCUUUGCCCGCGCUCGGCGAUCCGAUCCUCGGCGUGGACGUCACGGCAGACGGGCGCUACGUGGUUGCGACGUGCAAGACGUAUCUGCUCUUGAUCGACACCUUGAUCGGCGACGGCAGAUACAAGGGAGAGUGCGGCUUUGAUCGCCCCUUCCCCAAGGAAUCCAAGCCUAUCCCACGACGCCUGCAGCUCAAGCCCCACCACGUUGCCUACAUGGACUCUGAAAUCUCCUUCACACCCGCCCGCUUCGACACCAACGUCGAGGGCAGCGAGACAUCAAUCGUCACCGCUACGGGCUCGUACGUCGUCUCGUGGCCCCUCGAACGAGUCAAGCGCGGCCGUACCGACGGGUACACGCUGCGCAAGCUGGGCGACGUCGUUGUGGAGGACAACUUUGCCUUUGGCAGCAGCAACAACAUCAUCGUGGCUAUGCCAGACGACCUGCAGCUGCAUAGGCGUGGGCAACUACAGAAGCCUAGUCGGCAGAGUUUGCUGCGCACUCCGGCGGGAAAGAUUAGGAACAGCGCGAGUGGGAGCGGGAUCGUUGAGCAGAGGUACUGAGAAUCGUCGUGGGGAGUGUGUCUGUUGUUUCUUUUGCGUAUCAAUACCAUGUUUGUUCGGCAG